AUGCAUGCAAAGAUUAGAGGAGGUAUCAUCUCUGCGGUCACUCGUGCAGAGAACUACAUUGACGGGUAUUCUGAGGAAGAGAGGAGUUUGCCAAGCUAUGUGACCAACUUGAGGACUCAGCUUAGCCUAGUGACGUCCAUGAGAGAGAAAUACAUCGGUGUACAGGACACCAUCAUCGAGCAGCAGGUCAGCGACGCGAAGAAGCAAGCAGAGAUAGUCAGCAAGGAGCAAUUUUUGCAACGCUGUGAUGAUCUGAUCGAACGCAUCGAAGCCUUCAUUCAUGAUGCUCCUAACUCCUCAUCUAGCGAUAGUGAGGACACCAAGGCAGGAUCUUCAACUCAAGGUGACUUCACCCGCUACUUUCUCACCUUCAUGAGACGAUCAGAGGAACGGCACCAGCAGCAAAUGGAGAUGCUUAUGGGGACCUUCAACAACUCGGGACGUCAUAAUGUGCUUCUUCAUGAGAAGUACGCAUCAGGACGUCCUCCAAAUCCAGCUUCAGAUACAUCGAAUGGGAAACCUCCUACUUCUCACGGUAACCCUACUCCUCCACCAGCUCCCACCAAUUCAGGGUCGAUUGUCAAUACUUGCUCUUCCGUAACUGACCACAAUGAUAUGCCUCCCCGUGUCUUUCUUGCGACCGCUGUGGUUAAUGUUCUCACGGACUCCGGACAGAUGAUUCCCUGCAGAAUAUUGCUUGAUGGUGGAGCUACGGUGAAUGUCGUUAGUUCCAAUAUGGCUGCACGCUUAGGUCUACCAACGUUCCCUUCUCGAUUAUCAAUUUGUGGCGUGAAUGCUUCUCGAUCACGCUCCAAUGCAUUCACAUACGUGACAAUUCUGUCCAGAACAUCUUCAAUUCGAUUUAAUUCGAAAUGCUUCAUCUUGCCUCAAGUCACCGGAAGCAUACCUAGUUGGCCGGUCGACGAUUCUAAUAUUCACAUUCCUCAAGAUGUCGCUCUUGCGGACCCCCAAUGGGCUGUAUCUAGACCUGUUGACAUGCUUCUUUGUGGAAACCAUUACUGGGCUAGUUGGUUGAAUGAUAGCAUCGAGUUAGGCCCAGGGUUGCCACACUUGAAAGACACAGUAUUUGGCUACGUUGUUGUUGGGGAACAAGAGCCCAUUCCACCUCCUGAUGGCCUUGCAUUUUCUGCUACUUCUUUGGAUGAGUCCUUGCAUAAGUUUUGGGAAGCGGAAGACCUAUCUGAGAAUGUGAACUAUACAGAAGACGAAAUUGCUGCCGAACGUCAUUUUGCCUCCACAUAUAAGCGCGAUGUUGAUGGAAGGUUUAUUGUUCAACUUCCCUUUCGAGAAGACCCACGCAUACUGGGAGAGUCCAGGCCUCUCGCUAUUCGCCAAUUUCUUGCUUUGGAGCGCAAAUUUGAGAAACACCCUAAAUUAAGGGAAGCAUAUUCCGAGAUCAUUCGUGAUCAAUUGUAUAAACAAUGGAUUGAACCUGUCCAUGGUGACCCAAAGGGUCCUGUUUUCUAUAUGCCUCACCAUGGUGUUGUAAAAGAGUCUUCUGUCUCGACCAAACUAAGGAUUGUGUACAAUGCCAGUGCAAAAUCUUCCUCGGGGUUCAGUCUAAAUGAUAUCUUGCGCAUUGGACCAGUCAUACAGCUUGAUCUGGCCACUAUUUUACUGAAUUUCCGAAAGCAUGCGUACGCAAUGACCGCUGACAUAAAUAAAAUGUAUUUACAAAUCUUACUUCAUCCCUCACAUUCAGACUUUCAGAGGUUUGUUUGGCGAGAAAAUAAAUCAACACCUAUUCAAGAUUUUCGCAUUAAACGAGUUUGUUUUGGGGUGGCUUCGUCACCAUUCUUGGCAACAAGAACACUUGUUCAAGUAGCCAAUGAAACAAAGGAUUCAUAUCCACUCGCUUCAGAAGCACUCAAAACUACAUUUUACGUUGACGAUUGUCUCAUCUCCGUAAAGUCUCUUGAAGAAGGGCGCAUCAUUCAAUCUCAGCUUAUCAAGGUGUUGGAUAGUGCAGGAUUUCCCCUCACAAAGUGGGUUACCAAUCAUCAUGAUUUGCAACCAGCUUCAGCCAAUGAAUCCAAUAUCAUUCAGAUUAGUGAUGAGACGACAAGUGCAUUGGGCAUUACUUGGAAUGCUAAGUCAGAUCAUUUUUUCUUUCGUCCACCUAUUUCUGUUGAUGAGGCAUGCAAUUCAAAACGAAAGGUGAUGUCAGCCAUUGCAAAAUUAUUUGACCCUUUGGGAUUGGUGGGUCCCGUCAUUAUUGAGGCAAAGCUCAUUCUUCAAGAUGCCCAUAAAACAAAAUGUGAAUGGGACAGUGUUUUACCUGACGAUUUAAUUCGGAGAUGGACAAAUUAUGUUAUCAAUCUCCAGCACUUGGGUGAGAUUCUGAUCCCACGUUGGGUCUCUGAUUCGCUUUCCCCAUCUUCGACGGAACUUCAUGUUUUUUCCGACGCUAGUCAGCGAGCGUACGGAGUCUGCAUUUAUCUCGUCACGAGAACAGUUGAGGGAGAUGUCUGUUCACAUCUUUUGACAUCGAAAUCUAGGAUUGCACCGCUCAAAGAAUCCACUAUUCCAAAAUUGGAACUCCGGGGAGCGCAUUUGGCAGCCGAAUUGGCGUCCAAAGUCAAAGAGCAUUACAAACCCGAUGCGAUUUAUUAUUGGUGCGAUUCUACCAUUGUCUUGUACUGGCUUCAAGGAUCUCCUGACCAUUACAAAAUCUUCGUCAGCAAUCGAGUUCGGAGGAUCCAAAUGCUUUCCGAUCGUACUCAAUGGAGAUAUGUCCCUACGCAUUGCAAUCCAGCAGACAUCAUCUCUAGAGGUGUAACACCGCAGCAGCUUCAAGAUUUGGAUCUAUGGUGGCAUGGACCAUCUUGGUUGACAAAGUCUAGGUCUGCUUGGCCACCAGAGUUUCCACCACCAGGACCAUCUUCCGAACCAUCUUCCACCAUUAUGCUCGAGACAAUUGAUGAAGAGGCCGAAAUGGAACAGUCAAUUCUCUCCAAACUUCUCUCUCGCUACUCUUCGUUGACAAAAAUUCAGAGAAUUAUUGCCUACGGUCGUCGAUUCUAUCUUCCACGUGCUUUGAAGGAGGGUCUUACCAUUACACCAAUUGAGAUGGAAGAGGCAUUGAACAAACUAAUCUACAUGGAUCAGCAGGAGAAUUUUCCUGGUCUUGCAGAUAACUUGCGAAAGCGAGGAACCAUCACGCUUCCAAAAUGGAAACAUUUGCUAGCUCUUGCCCCAUUCGUAGAUUCAGACGGUCUCAUAAGAGUAGGUGGUCGCCUAGAAGAAGCUCCUAUCUCUUACCAGUCGAAACAUCCUGUUUUACUACCAAAAUCUGUGCUUACUAAACGAAUAAUUGCUCACGAGCAUCAUCACAACCUCCAUGCGUCUCCAACAGUACUACUCGCUACAUUGAGGCAAAGGUACUGGCCACUUUCUGCUCGAAACAUUAUACGAAGCGUUGUCCACAACUGUUUGCGAUGCACUCGUACCAAACCUCGUCCACUUCAGCAGCUCAUGGGCAACUUGCCAUCCCAGCGUGUCACUCUGUAUCGCCCAUUCCAAUCCACAGGCGUGGAUUACGCAGGACCCAUUCUCUACCGCCCCUCAGUUCAAAGAGGAUCUACUGCAAGGAAAUUGGGGCAAAUGAAAGGCUAUAUAGCAGUUUUCGUUUGCAUGGCUACGAAAGCUGCACAUCUGGAAUUUGUAUCAAGCUUGACUACAGAAGCAUUUCUAGCAGCUUUUCGACGCUUUGCGGCGAGGAGAAAUACACCGAGUCACAUGUAUUCAGACUGCGGCACCACGUUCGAGGGAGCAUCGCGGGAAUUAUCCAAACUCCUUAGACAGGAACAGAUGCAGAAGGAGAUUAAGGAAGGAACUGUGGAUUGUGGCACAACUUGGCAUUUCAUACCAGCUAGAGCUCCUCACCACGGUGGCUUGUGGGAAGCUUGUGAAAUCGAAUUGGAACAUCAGAAGUUGCAGCUCAAAGAGCGAUUAAUCGUCUGUCUGGAGGAUGGUAAUGGUGGCAAGAGGGGUAUCCCGCGGGGUAGCAAUGGGGAGAUGCCUCAUGGGGAUCAUGAGGCACAAUUGAAGCUCUCACAGCGAAAAGCAAUGCCGGCGACGCAACGGUCCAUUAAGUUUUCCAAGCCUUCAAUACAGCGGAGGGAUGAACUCGGGGGGUUGGGAUGGUAUGUUGCCCUCCCAAAAAUCAAGUCAUCUCGUGGGAGGAAUGUUCUCUGUGUGCCAAGUCAAGCGGAGUCUGUUGUUGAUGACCUUCCUUUGGAAAUUGGAGACCAGACUGAUUCUCGCGGGGAACCAGCCGGUUCUAAGGCCAACUACAAGCCAUUCCCUUUCCCCAUCUAG